UCCGCGAUAUUGUAGUGGCUAUAGCGAGUAAUGCCGCGAAUUGCCUUUUGUUUGCGCGGAUAUUGCGAAAGUGUGCAUGGCCAUUGGAAUCGUAAAAAUAUCGUUUUGCAUAUAUGAUAGAGGAACGUAAAAAUGAAAAACGAGCAAAACUGUUAAAGUAUUAAACUCGAAGAUUGAAAGGAAAAUUAUUAUUAACGCGACGCACGUGUUUCAUUUAAAUUAUGAGACCAGCUUCCAAGGAUCGCCGAUUUCUCUUUCGAACGAGACAACAGCCGGGCCAAGCUACGCCGAAUAUCAACAUCCCCACCCUGUGUGAACGAAAAGCUGCAUUACCCUCGUGAACAUUGUCAUUUCAUUAAUCAUUAUAUUUUCCUUUUUUUUUGUAUUUUUUCCCGCGUGAUAUUUGCGGAAGAGAACGCGAUGAGAGUUUUCUUCGAGUUAUAUUAUGAUUUGUAAAUGCGUUCGGGCUGUCGAUACGCGCUGCGCUAUCGUAACAUAUCAUGGAGCCAGUACGUCUUUUGAUACAAAUUUUAAUGCUGUUUACCUGGUGUAUAAAAGGAUUUCUCGGAAAUGUUCUCGAAAAAUGCAUUCUUCCCCUUGGCAUGGAAGAAGGAAGAAUCCCGGAUGAAGCAAUCACGGCGUCAUCCAGUUAUGAGAUGAAAUCCGUAGGUCCCCAAAAUGCAAGAAUACGGCAAGAGAAAAACGGUGGUGCUUGGUGUCCGAAAGCUCAAAUCAGUAGCGCUAUACGCGAAUAUCUGGAAAUUGAUUUGACGAGAGAUCAUCUUAUCACAUGGACCGAGACUCAAGGCAGAUUUGGUAACGGUCAGGGUCAGGAAUAUGCUGAGGCGUUUUUUCUGGAAUAUUGGCGACACGAAAGAUGGCAUCAGUAUAAAGAUUUGAGAGGGAACAAGAUCCUGCGUGGUAAUAGCAAUACAUAUCUAGUUGAGAAACAGAAAUUGGAUCUACCGUUUGUUGCGAGUCGAGUGAGAUUUGUUCCUUACAGUCAACAUCCGCGCACUGUGUGUAUGCGCGUCGAGAUUUACGGCUGCAUCUGGAACCAAAACAUCGCUAGUUAUGCUAUGCCUAAAGCUGAUAAAAUUGGACCUAAUGGAUGUAAUGUCGAGGAUACGUCGUACGAUGGCACCGAGAUUGAGAAUUUAAUGUUGAACGGAUUAGGACAAUUAACAGAUGGCAUAGUCGGCAGCGAAAUUGAGAUCCUCGAAUCCGAUAGAAUAACCAACUGGGUCGGAUGGCACGGUCGCGACAAUGUAGAAUUGUUUUUUGAGUUCCGACUUUUUCAGAAGUUUAAAAACUGUACGAUUCACGUGGCCGAUUUACCUAAUCUAAAUAUCGAGAUGUUCUCGAUGGCAAAUUUUUGGUUUUCAUCGGAUGGCAAGGAUUAUCACGCGACACCGGAAAUGUUUCAAACAUUUAAUGAUUCUAAGACGAGCACUAUUCCCAAUAGUAGCAAUGAGAAAGAUGGCAAAAGCAGAAACGGAAUCUCGAUAUCUAUUCCCUUGCAAUCAAGAAUCGGCAAAUUUGUCAAAAUAGAAUUAAAACUUAGAUCGAAAUGGUUAUUGCUGAGCGAGAUCACAUUCGAGACAGUUCCAGACGCAAAGAACAUCACUGACAAAGCAUUAGAACGGUUAUUAUGGAUAUAUUCGAACAAUAAUGAGAGCAUAUCUCAAAUGAUCAAUGAGGAUCAGGUCGUGAAAAUAAAGCAGAUGGAAGACAAACAAAAUAAGGACGAAAACGACGAGACUCAAAUAGAGAAUAAAAUUAGAACUGCCGAUGAGAGAGGAAUUAAUAUUCUGCACGGACAUACAGUAACAGAAAUAACUGAAUCGAAUGAAACAACAUCAGUGUUAAACGAGUCAAAUCUGACGCCGGACGCUUUUCCCGUAAACAAUUCAUCAACGUACAUUGGAUUGAUCAGCGCAGCGUUAACUGUAAUAGUCUUUCUCUCGAGUUGCACGAUCUUCUUGAUGAAACAAAGGGGUCGUAACAAAGUGGCUCUACUGCAAAAACAUACUGCGUUAUUAUGCGGUUCACCGGCAUCGGGUAUUACGAUCAAUACGAAGGAUAUCAAAUUACCCACACCGAUCGUGGUCAACAAUCUAUCGCAAUCGAGAUUAUCAUUGAAAAGCAAGAUUGCCUCGAACAAUGAUUAUAAAUUCAGUGAUGUUGGUACGAACGGACAGCGUAGCACUUACGAGAAAAUUGAUAAAAUACCUUCGGAGCAAUAUAUGAAAUGUGAAGGAAAAUCCAAUUAUAAAACUGAACAGUUUGAUACUAAAAACAACGAAAAUUUUAACGAUGAAACGCGAAUAGAAUGCAUAAUUCCAACAAUAAAACCGAAUUCUUCGCAAACGGGAAAAAUCAAUCAGAGGAUAUACGAGAGUUAUUACGCGGCUACAGACAUUUUGACGAUAAAGAGACGCGAUCAGCAUCCAACCGUGAGUUUUUUCACACCGCUACUCAUUCGGGAUUCGGUCGUAUCGUACAAACGCGGAACUUACGAUGUACCACGUAUCUCUCGACAUAGAUUAAGAAUCCUCGAUAAACUCGGCGAAGGAAACUUUGGUUUGGUUCACUUAUGCGAAGCGAAAGGCAUACAAAAUCCGGAUUUAGGUAUCCUUCAAAACCGUCAAGUAGUGAUAGUCCGGUCUUUAUGGCGCGGUGUCGUCGACGCUUUAAGAGAGGAUUUUAUGAACGACAUGCGCAUUCUGGCUGAAAUUCGCGACAUUAAUAUCGCCAGGAUAAUUGCGAUCGUUGAAGAAGAGCCUUUUAGUGCCAUUUUCGAAUACGGAGAACUUGGGGAUCUGUCCAGUUUUCUAAAAAAUCAUGACCGCAACGUGCCGACAAGUUACGAGUGCUCAUUAAAUCUCAUCACGCAAAUCGCUUCUGGUAUGAAGUAUCUCGAGAGUUUGAACGUACCGCAUUGUGAUUUGGCAGCCAGGAAUUGCAUCGUCUGUAAAGAUUUGCUGAUUAAAGUGUCCGACCAAGCCAUGUAUUGCAGUAAAUACGAGAAUGAAUAUUACGUUGAUGAGUGUUAUGCAAAGAUACCAUUACGUUGGAUGGCGUGGGAAGCGGUCUUAUCGGGAAAACGAAGUUGUCAAUCUGACGUUUGGUCGUACGGUGUGACAAUUUGGGAAGUUUUGACGCACUGCGAAGAUGUACCCUAUGCCGAUCUGACUUCGGAACAAGUGUUGGAAAACUGUGGCCUAUGGUAUCAUUCAUUGGACAGCGGCGGUAAAAGGAAAUGUCCGCGGAUCCUCGAGCAGCCAGUAUUUUGCUCGGACGACUUGUACCGAUUGAUGCUGCGAUGUUGGUGCAAAUGCGCGGAGGACCGGCCGAGUUUCCAAGAGAUUCACUGCUACCUCAAGAAGUUGACUCCGGAUUAAAUUUGUGCAAACAUAUUUCUACAAGAGCGUACGGAAAACGAUCCAUGCUCAUCAGCAGCAGCAGCAGCGCGGACCAAAUCGAUUACAAUCAGCUGAGAAGCAUCCUGAUUGCUUUCUUGAUCGCUUUUGCAUGUAUGGCUCGAACUUUUCAAUUGCCGAUAACCCGAUACAUCGAGUCGAAGAGUCGUCAAUGCCUAAACACAUCAAGGUAUGGGAUGCUCUCUGGCCACUAAAAUAUUACUGCUCAACUAGAUUUAUCUAAUUUUGAUUAUAAAUAAGUGUAGGUUAAUAACAUAAUGAUAAAUCUCAAAUGCGGCGGAUAAUCGCAGGUUUCUCGUACGAUUAUAUUCGCAUUAUAUUCAAGGAAUAAUCUCUGAAAAUAGUAUCUUUCAUUGAUUAUUUCCGUAAUCAAUCAGUAUUCGAGAGAAAUAUGUGAUUUCGCGCGCGAAUAUUCAUCUAUUUACUAAUUUAUUACUUUACACAUAUCUCUCUUUCCUACGCUUAUAUAUAUGUGAUAAUCAUUAUCGUUUUUACUCUUAAGAAAAAUUGUUCCAUUUUUUCUCUAUAUCCUAUUACCCAGAAUCAAUCGUAGAAAAAUCACGAUUGUAGCCAAGAUUUGUAGCAAAGUUUGUCAUAAUUUUGGUGCAGAUUUUGCGCAACGCUUAAUCGUAUUUUGUCACAUCUGGGUAUACUUUAUAUCGUCAUAUAGAAUUCGUUGCGUGUAGUCGAAGCAAAAUAAUAUUAAUGAGAUCGGCAUAAAACGAACGUAAUACUCAAUUACGUCGAAUAAUGACAAUCAGUUUUGCUCAUCUAUUUAUAUGUACUUAUUUUACGAAAUAAUAUCAUAAUAUACUCGUAUUGAUCGAUUCAGCUUACCUAUCUUAAGAGGAAAGCAGAUCGUUUAAUCUUUAAUCAAAUUUCGCAAUGGCGCAAAAUUUUUAAAUAGAAAUACUCUUCAUAUAUAAAUAUAUCCUUUCUUAUAUCUAUAUAUAUAUCUUAAGCUAAGUUAUCCGUUUUUAUUCGAAAACAUAAUAAUUCACAGGAUGUAUUUUAAAACGUAGGCGCUCUUUAUAGAUCGGGCGUUAUAGCGUCCUUAAUUUUUCCAAUUUAAAAAAAGGAUCUAAACGAAAAUAUUCGUGCCAAAAAUAAUUAUAAUUCAGAAAGAACAUGCGCUUCAUAAAAUAGAUCGCAUAUUUUUUAUUCGAUAGAUAUAAUGAUGUCUUUAAAGACCGUUUUCUAUUUUAAGAUACACCCUGUGUAUGAUAACACAAUUAAUACUAAGAAAAGAAAGAAAAAAGGAGCACGAGAGCAAAAGAUCACAAUUAUGCUAAUUGGAACAACAACGAUGAUAAUAACGAUUAUGGUAAACGUACAAUUUUAGAUUAUAUAUGUUUAUAACAGAUGUAACGUUUAAUUAAAUCAAAUUUGUAAUAUCAAUAAUGUGUUGCUUUCAAAUUUAUCCGAUGAUUUUAUCUGACAAAUCUAGAAAAAAUAGAAGC